UCAACUUCCGCUUCACUUGAGAAAGUUUGAUGGAAGGGGCUGUGACGAAAGUAUGUAUGUUUUGAAGAACAGAAAGCCUUUUGUCCCGUUUUGUGAGGUUUAAGUAAACGGCAGGCUCAUUAAAAAGAGUCUGACAAGUGCAUUUGAAAAAAUGAAGUUUUGUCUAUGAGAGCACACGCACCUGUUGUCACACCAAACAGUCUUUGUGGAUGCAUCAUUAAUCAGACUUGUGCAAAUUGAUAACACCUCUGAAGAUGAAGUCUUUAAUGGAAUCUCUUGGAAGAUCUAGCUGUGAAUAAAUACAACGCAUUCAACCAUGCAUAUCAUGCACAAAUAGCAGGGCUGGUAAAACUAAAGGCUAACAAGAAGUUUGGAAAGAAGGAUACCAAUCUGUAUGAUGGACCAUGGAGACAUCAUGCCGUCCUCAGUCCAGGCUGUCAUCUCAAGCAGCUCCUUCCCUGUGUUGAAUGGAACAGAUGUUGGUCUUGGUAUCACAUUUGGAACGGAUGCCACAGAUUCGGACAAGAAUGACAUCUCGGUGUCCCUGUCAUCCUCGCUCAUGCCCGACACAGCGGUCCUUGUGGAGACUCCGAGGGGAUUGAUGUUGUCAGUGGGUGACGGCAAUGUGUCCCUGGGGAACAUCUCAACGACGACAGAUCAGCAUGGACGUCAUCUGCUGCCAUUGCCAGGGACGAUUACCCAGUUCACCCCUGUACAACAAGAUGGGUUGGUCGGGGCGUCGGCCUCCCAUGUGUUUGACUCCCCACCGGACUGCACAGGUGAUGUCAGUGGCUCUCUUGACGUCGCCAUCAAGACGGAACAUCCCAUCACCACGGUAACAACCACGGUCACCACUACACAUGAAGAAACCAAGAAAAGAAAAGGGGGUUGGCCCAAAGGGAAGAAACGUAAGAAUGUUCCUGAGAUAAAUGCCCCAAGAGCUCCAAUGACUGGGUAUGUGUUGUACGCCAUCGAGCGACGGCAAGAGAUCAAGGAGAGUCACCCCGAGAUUAUGUUCUCGGACGUUACCAAGAUCCUGGGUCAGGAGUGGUCCUCCAUGUCCCCAGAGAAGAAACAGAAAUACCUCACGGAGGCCGAGGCUGACAAACAGCGAUACAUAACACAACUGAAGGUCUUCCAGCAGUCCGAUACCUACCAGAACUUCCUCAAGAAGAAGAAGCUCAAGGUUCUCUGUGGGGAAGAUUCCUCCCACCUUGAUGCAGGGGACCCCUACUCCUCGCUGAUUGAUGUGGAGGAGGACUCUAUCAGCGAGCUGUACUGCCGUGUGUGUAACCAGUAUUUCAGUUCGGUCCACAACAAGAAGGAGCACAUGUUUGGCAGACAACACCUACAGGCAAUCACAGGCGAACUUGAGAAGGAGAUGGAGCGCCAACAGCAGCAGAGUUUGACCUCGACCUCACUGCUGACCUCUGACCUCAACACGGAGAGCCUGACCUCUGACAUGGACCUGGUUGAGGGACCAAGGCUGUCAAUGCCUGUUGACAUCGGAAGUUUUAUUCAGGAAUUUGAACAGAGGAAUGUAGAACGGGAACAAGAGAUCAAGACGCUGCGCCGUGCCCUGAAGACGUCCCAAGAAGGCCAUGUGAACAUGUGCAAGGAGAUCCAGACACUCAAGGACUAUGAGAACAAGCUGGAGCAGAAUACAAAGACGAUGAAAGCCUAUAGCAUGUCCAUUGCAGCACAAAUUGAUGGGCUAAAAAUGGUACCAACUUUGUUUGGUGUCAUCAACUUCUGACGUGCAACCGUGUCUAGGCCCUGGAACAUGUAUUAUCUGCUCACAAGUAACAGUCCAUGUCUUCAUGCCAGUGACUUGUCCAGCAGUCAUCAUCUGUGACCAUCAGAGUCAUCUGUACAUACAUCAUUUUCAUUUGUGCAAUCUUAAAUUUCCUUAAAACUGAAACCAAAGGGAAACGAGUUCAGGUAAAUGUUGAGUGUAUGAAUGUGUUUUCUAAAGUAGGGAGUAUAUUGUGGAGGAGUUUAUUAUAUGGCAUUGACCCAAGCUCCUCACAGCAACAGCCUGUUCGCGGAGCUCUCUAUACUAUCGCUGCCACCAGUCAAAACUCCCCACUGUGAAUAGGUGGCCACAACCAUGCUUGGAGUUGAACCUCGCAACCGA